CCCGGCCCGGGUGGGUGGGCCUGGGGGCCUUCCACAAUAAAAGCCGAGGCAGUUCCUGACCUCCUGCGGGGGCCUCUACCUGAGGCGGGGAAGACCAUCCCCUUCCGUCUUCCCCUUCCGCGAUGUUUGGGUAAAAGGUCGCCUCCGGGGCUCGCGAACGUAGGAAGUAUCGGUUAGGCAUGGGACCCCAGAAUGCCCAAAAGGAGGAACUGGGGCCCGGGGCCGUGUAAUUUUGUGGGGCGGAUGGGGAGCGAGGGCACCUCCAGGCUCUCGCGCCUCGGUUCCGGAGGGCAGCUUGGCAAACAGGUUCUCCAUCCUCUGGGAACAGGCGGCGCCAUCGCCGCCCGCCGGGACCAGACGUCCGGGCCUACCCAGCGGCUGGGGCGUGGGCUCGGAGCUUGAUCUGCUGAUCCCCCUGCGGCCAUGUGGGCUCCCAGCCGCCGCCAGCUCUGCCUGACCUUCCUGCUGGUGUCUGUCCUCUCUGCCAUCUCCUUCCUCCAUAUCCACCAAGACAUCUUUCAAAAUGGCCUAGACCUGUCUGUCCUGUGUCCCUACGAUAACCUGGUGACCUCCCCAGUGGCCAUCUUCUGCCUGCAGGGCACGCCGCCGGCCUCCAACACCUCUUCCUGUCCCGGGCACCCAGGCCCCCUGUCGGGAACCUGGACCAUCUACCCAGAAGGCCGGCUUGGUAAUCAGAUGGGGCAGUACGCCACACUGUGGGCCCUGGCCCAGCUCAAUGGCCGCCAGGCCUUCAUCCUGCCCUCCAUGCAUGCCACCCUGGCCCCGGUGUUCCGCAUCACCCUGCCGGUGCUGGCGCCAGAGGUGGACAGCAGCACGGCCUGGCGGGAGCUGAAACUGCACGACUGGAUGUCAGAGCAGUAUGCUCACCUGAAGGAGCCCUUCCUGAAGCUCUCUGGCUUCCCCUGCUCUUGGACUUUCUUCCACCACCUCCGGGACCAGAUCCGCCGCGAGUUCACCCUGCACGACCACCUUCGGGCCGAGGCGCAGCACCUACUGAGGAGGCUCCGCCUGGGCCGCACUGGAGACCACCCCAGCACCUUUGUGGGCGUCCAUGUGCGGCGGGGGGACUACCUGCAUAUCAUGCCCCAGCACUGGAGGGGUGUGGUGGCCGACCGCACCUACCUCCAGCAGGCCAUGGACUGGUUCCGGGUCCGCCACAAAGCCCCCAUCUUCGUGGUCACCAGCAACGGCAUGGAGUGGUGCAGGGAGAACAUCGACACCUCCCAGGGCGAUGUGGUCUUCGCUGGCAACGGGCUGGAGGGGACGCCAGAGAAGGACUUUGCGCUGCUCACACAGUGCAACCACACGAUCAUGACCAUUGGCACCUUUGGCUUCUGGGCCGCCUACCUGGCUGGGGGAGACACCGUGUACCUGGCCAACUUCACCUUGCCCGACUCCAAGUUCCUGAGGGUCUUUAAGCCCAAGGCUGCCUUCCUGCCUGAGUGGGUGGGCAUUGAUGCAGACUUGUCUCCACUCCAGUCAUCGGCCAGACGUUGAGAGACGGGCUUUCUAGACCAGCCGAAUCAAUCUAGAGCCUGCAGUAGGUGUCUCCAGAGGUCUAGCAGCUUCUGGACGUUUGCCAUCGUUCUCCGGCAAGUGGGCACCUGUUUCUAGAGUGAUUCUGGAAGUCAGAUUUGGAGCAGGAGGAGGGGGGCUUUCUGGAACUGCCAAAACAUUCUAGAAACAACAGAAUAUCCUUUCCUGAUAACUGGCAGUGUUUGUAAUAGCUCAGCAGUUCUGCAAGACACAGUACCC